AUGUCUAGUGAAUUUUCUUUUGAUAUUAUUAGUGAUGAUAUAACUGAUGAUAGAACUGAAAAAUCUAAUGGAGGGCCAAUAAGAAAUAACAAAACCUUGUCAUCUUCAUCUCAAGUAAAUGAAUUUUUUACCAAGACAAAAGAAUCGCAAACAUGUCAAAUAUGUGUAACUGUAUAUAGUAGCUCUUCUUCAACUGAAACUUUAAAGAAACAUUUAGAAAAGAAACAUCCUACUGAAUACCAAUGUAAAUUUACUCAAACAACCUUAAAUUUUCAACAAAUGCAUCCAUAUAAUCAUAAAGAAAACUUUGAAAAAAGUAAAGGUUUAAUUGACUGA